CAUUGUCAGGGUCAUGUAAAAAUUACAUUACUGUGAUAAAUAAUAAAUGAUUUUGUUUUAUUAUUGUAAUCACAGUGUAAUGAUAAUAGUUUGAAUUGUUGUAAUGCAUUUUCCAUGUGUGUUUUACACAUGCAUAACAUUUAUCUGUGGUUCAAAUACUGUAUCCCAGCAACCGGCAAGUGAAUGAGAGGUUACCAUAGCAACAAAACAUCAUGAAAAGAAAAACAAGCCCGAUCGAUUCGACUGGCUCUGGUGUAAGUACCAUACUAUACAAAAUCAGUUCUUUAACUGAGGAAAUCUCACCAAAUAUUGACUCUGGCUUGUGUACAAAGAAAAUUAUAAUUCCCGGUAAUCACGUCGAGCAAGCAAUGGCUUACAAAAACAGUAUUUGGUACAAAUCGUUACUCAAUGCUGAGAAAACAUGUUUGAAGGAAGACCAAAUAAAAAAGAUUCAUUAUAAGUUUGAAGAUGGUAAUGAAAUGGUUGAAGAAUAUAAUGCGGACACCCGGGUGUUGUUAAGGCGCGCCUGGAAAGUGAAAGGGAAAAUCGGAGGUGAAGGCAAAUGGUUAGUGGAAAUUGGAGAUCCUAUACCUGAUGCUGUUACAAAUACAGAUGCUCUGGACAUAAAGGAGAGCAAAGAUCAACCUGUUUUAUUAAAAAGAAAUACAAAAAUCAAUAUAGAAUGGAGAAUACGUAAUCUCCCAUAUCCAAUAGAAACAUAUUCUAUUAAAGCUAAUGAUGAAGAGAAGCAUAUAGUGAUUAGUACUUCUAAUAAGAAAUACUACAAAAAGCUAGAAGUACCAGAACUAGUGAGGGUCGGUUUGCCUAUUGAACAAUCAAAAAUAAAUGCAACACACCAAUUUAAUACACUUAUUAUAACUUAUAAUAAGCCACAAACACUUAUUGAGAUGGAAAAGGAAUGGUAUCAAGAACUUAAUAAAAUUAAACCAAUGAAGGAUAUACCAAAUGAAUGUAAAACUCAAUAGAUAUAGAAUUAAAUAUUUUUUUAAGAUGUAAUGUAAAUGUAAAUUUAACAAGUAAAUGUUUAGUUUAUUUUAUUUAUAACUAAUAAAACUUUUAAUGAAGUUCUA